AAAACGCCUUUUUAUGGUUUCUAAAUAAAUAAAACUUAUUUUUCAAAUUUUUUCGCUAAGCUCUUGUAUUUGUAUUUUGUAAUUUUAGUGUUACUGUGCCAUUUAGGGCUGCGUUUUUUACUGUGAUGCCACCUAAAUCAUCAGACAAAGGAAAAUCAAAAAGUGCCGCUGGAGGAAAAUCAGCUGGUGAAACGAAAGAAACUGCAGCAAAGGAGAAAAAAGGCGGGACAGCUGUCAAAGUUAGACACAUAUUGUGCGAAAAACAAUCCAAGUGCUUAGAAGCUUUGGAGAAAUUGAAAGCAGGUCAAAAAUUCCCUGAUGUAGCGGCUGCUUACAGUGAAGACAAGGCGAGGCAAGGCGGGGACCUCGGCUGGAUGACUCGUGGGUCGAUGGUCGGCCCCUUCCAGGAUGCUGCAUUUGCCUUGCCUAUAUCAUCAGUCACGAACCCAAAAUACACAGAUCCUCCCAUCAAAACCAAGUUUGGAUAUCAUAUAAUAAUGGUUGAAGGGAAAAAAUGAAGGAAAUGUUUGAAUUUGAAUACUUCUGGGCGAUACUUUUGUUAUUUAUCAUGGAAAGAAUAUGCUGCUUGCAAGAGCAAUUUGACAAGGACUUUACAGAUCUACCGGACCCUCACCAAUCCAAUGAUUCAUUUGAUAUAACCAUAGAUGAAUUAGCAAACAGAGAGUAAGUGGGAGUAAUUAAUAAACCAUUAUUCAAGAGAAGUGAAUUGUGACUAUGUAUUUUUAAGUUUAAGGGCCUGCACAAGCAUUAUUGCUCCAAGAACUACUUUAUGAUUAUUGAUUAACUUAUCGACUUUCCAAUUAAUUGAAAUAAUACUGUGAGAUAUAUAAUAUAUGCAGACUGAUAUAAAGCAAAGAAGUGUUAUAAAUUUUGUUUGUAUAAAAUUCAAAGUCCUGACUGACUGCCUGAUUGACUUGUAUUAUCAACACAUAGCCCAAACCGCUAGGGUUUGAUACAUGACAUUUUUACAGUAGGUUCCUUUUGUAACAGCAUCCACUAAGAAAGGAUUUUUGGAAGUUCAACCUCUAAAAGGGUGUUGGCCCCCUUGUCUUUGUUUGUUUUAAUCAGUCAUUAAAUGUAUCCAAAGAGGAUCUCACAGAAUUUGCAGUUGUAUCUGUGCUGGCCCUUUAUAAGAUAUUUUGUGCACCAGUCUUUAUUAGUUUUAAUGGACCAAUGAAAUAUUGUUGCAGUUUUGGACUGAAGUUGAGUUUCCUACGCCUGUACCGUUUGAUGCAAAUUACCAUGCUAUUGUCACUUGUAUAUUUUUGCAAUAUUUGCCUCUGGUUUGUCAUGGUCAAGAAAGUUCCGUCCAGAAGGUAUAAACUUAAAAUAGGUUUAUAAUUUAUACUGCGAGAGAGGUUUUUUUGUUUCCAGAAAUAAAGCAUUUGUACUGUU